AUGGAGGCAAACUCAUCACCUCCUGCAAGAGACGAGAUUUUCACAUAUCCGAUGGAUAAGCCUGAUCUUACCUUAGACAUGAGAAAGAUCCCGAAAACCACCCCCGCUUCUGUUCAUGCGGCUGAUUCAAUGAUCAAGUAUAGGGACAAAGUUAAAAUUGUCAAGGACAAGGAAACAGAGGUGACGUUAGCGCAAGAAAAGGAGGGGCUUAAGAGGACCGUGAACACAGAGCGAGUAGAGAGACUAAUACGAGGGACAUAUCCAGACCAAGGUUGGGUGAAGCUCAACACGGACGACACAUCAAGAGGAAAUCCUGUCAUAGCGGCUUCAGGAGGAGUGAUUCGUAAUGCAAGUAGGUUGUGGUGUAGAAGCUUUGCGCUAAACAUUGGAACAUGCACAAGUCCAUUGGCGGAGCUAUGGGGUGUAUAUUAUGGUUUGUUGAUUGCGUGGGAGAGUAAGGCUCAUAGAGUAGAAGUCGAGGUGGAUUCAGAGAUGGUGGUUGGUUUUCUUAAGACAGGGAUCAAUGAGGUGCAUCUGCUAUCGUUCGUGAUGUAUUUGUGCCAUGGCUUUAUAUCAAGGGGCUGGAAAUUCGUAUUUUUUCAUGUGUAUAGGGAAACUAAUCACUUGUGGACGGAUUAG